ACCGACGUCACACUGAACAGCGCUUAUCCUGUUUACGUCGCCGCGUCUGGAAAGUACGAGCGGUAGGGUUGCUUUGUGAAAGCGUGCGUCCAGAGGCAUGUAAAUGUGCGAUCCAGCUGUAACUAGGAAAUAAACGUUAGAGAUGAAACAGCGUGAAAGGUUGCGAUGGGGGCGAGGCGUCGGUGUGGUCGUGUGGGUAGAGAAUCAUGAUUCAUGUCAUGGAGAGCUCGCGAUCACAGCGUGGCGCUGACCUAAUAAUGUGAUGGGGUCCGAUGCCAGUAAGAACUGCAAGAAACAAUCUACGACCGGGGACAAGCGCUGUCCGUCACGCUGGCGCGGCUUGUUUUCUGGCAUGGGCAUCUCCUUGCCCUCAGUUCUCAGCAAUCUCCACCUGAGGGGUCGCCGGAUGGUACGGGAUAAAGGAUCCUCUGGCCAACACCACCCCGCUCCAUGCUUCCCAGAGUGGCCCAGCAUGGAGUGGACCUUACCAGCUUUCAUCUCCAUGUUCUUGCCAGAGUUUCCCCACCGCAAUGUUCCUGGGCACGAGCAGUUCCAGGUUCUGGGAUACAUUGCCAAGGGCUCAUUUGGUCCCAUUUUGAAGGUGAAGGACAAGUCCAAAGAGAAGACCUAUGCUGUGAAGGUCGUGCCAAAAUCUGAAGUGUUGAGACUGGGAAUCCUUGAGCAGUCCAAGGAAGAGGUCAUCAUUCAGCGGCAGGUACGGCACCCAUUUGUUCACGACCUGCAGGACUGCUGGCAGACGCAGCGCCACCUCUUCAUUAUGUGUGACUACUGCAGUACCGGAGACCUUUACACCUACUGGGGUAUGAUCGGCCAGUUCGGAGAAGAUGCUGUGCGAGUGUUCGCUGCCGAGCUGGGCUGUGCUCUGGGGUUCCUACAUGACUAUGGGAUCAUCCACAGGGACGUAAAGAUGGAAAAUAUCCUCCUGACAGACCAAGGACAUCUCCGUCUGGCUGAUUUUGGGCUGUCCCGUCGUCUGGAACGUGGCGGAAGGGCUUUCACCAUCUGCGGCACAAUCCAGUACAUGGCUCCUGAGGUUCUCAGCGGGGGGCCCUACAACCAUGCGGCUGAUUGGUGGUCUCUUGGCAUUCUGCUCUUUGCACUGGCUACUGGAAGGUUCCCUGUGCCUGCAGAGCCGGACCACUGUUACAUGCUGAGAAAGGUGCGGAGCUUCCAAUACGAAAUGCCCCAAACCUUCAGCCCAUCAUUUGCCCUGCUGAUAACAGAGCUUCUGUGUAAGACCCCCACGCGACGCCUGCGCACCCUGGAGCGUUUUAAAAGGCAGACAUUCUUUCGUGGGACACCCUUUGACUCCCAUUUGCUGCAGAAGACCCCAAUGGAGUUGAUCCUGGAGCUGAAAGAGCGGCCAGACCGGCCCGCCCGAGCAAUGCGUGGCCUGCCCCGAGACCCACUAGCAGACUUCGACUGUGACCUCCUUGGCUCGCCCGCCUCCCCUACAGACUCACUCCAAACUCCUCCCACUACUGACCUUGGCUGCGCCUUCCCCCUGGCCAGCUCAGCUGCAGAGAUAUUCGUCUAGCACAAAACAUAAGGGACAGGACAACUGCCCAUGCAAAACUGGUUUGCUUUGGCCUGUCCUCUAAUCUUAGUCUGAUUCAAACACAAGACUUACAUUAAAUGUGUUCUGUGUGUGUAUUUUGUACAAAAUAACAGGAUGAGUGAUUUGCCUCUCUCCACUUGUACUUCAUUCUGCUUCCUUUGGCCCUCUGAGAAAGACUAACACAGCACUGGGUAUUGAGAAUCUGAUGGCGAUGAGGAAUCUUGGGCACUUGGGGUAUGGGGAAAGGAAGCAGCAGCUAGGCCGCUCUCUCUGUACCUGUCUCAGUAACCUAAUCCAAAUGCUUUAUCCCCAUGUUCUUUCAUAGUGAAUGGAAAAUUAAAACAUGGGGCAGCUGGUAGCACAGUAGUUCGAGCUGCUGCUUUUGGACCCAAAGGUUGCAGGUUUGA